AGUUGUAUGCAAAAAUAGCAACUGUCAAGCACAAAAUAUAGAUUGCCAUGUUAAAUGGAAAGCCUCAAAUAUAUUUAUACUAAAACUUUAUGGGACUAUGAUAUUUGGAAAGUGUAAACCCUGUGGCUGCACUGCAAAAAACCAUAAAAUAAUCUUUUAUAAAAGCAUAUCCGAAUAUACAAAAAUAAUUGAUGAAUAUAUAGAAUAUAAAAUCUCAAUAAAUAAAAUUGAUCAAAUUUACAAGCAAGACUGCAUAGAUAUACUCGAAAAACAGAUAGACCAGCUCAAAAAACAACAGAAUAUAGUCGGUGAAAUUAUACCUCAGUUUGCACAAUUUCUAAAGCAAAAUGCAAUAGCUGUUUACAAUGAUGCAUACGUGGAAUACCUUGAUCAUAUUAUACGCCUUGAAAGACAGAAGGCUAGUACUUCCGAAAAUUACAAUAAUAAAAUCCUAGAAGGACUGGAUGAAGUAAAAAGAAUAUAUAAUGAAAGGAUGAAAAUUAUUGAAGAGAUGAUUAAAGAUAAUGAUCCCGCUUCAUGCUCACUCUCUCCUGAGGAUAUAAUUAAACUUGAAAAUAAAUUAUAUAAUUUACCAAAUUUCGGUAACUAUUUACGAACUAUAAAAAAAGAAGAAGAAAGAGCAUUCAAGUAUCAAGAAAGACAUUACAAAUUCUCUGAAAACGCGUUAAAUGUCUUAAAAAAAAUCUUUAACAAUCAAUAG